ACCAAAUAGCGAGAGGCAGAAACCGGUACCCAGGAGACGGGCAUUCAUCAAAACGGGCCAGGCGCCUUGAUCCCCCCCAACGCGAUCGAGCGAUCGGGCGCAACGAAUCCAACGAGCACCAGAACGCGCAGUCUGGUCGCCCAGACUUGUGUGGCCAGCUCGGAAUACCAUGGCGAGCUCCUUUGAGAAGUCGGUCAAGGGCGCGACCAAGAUCAAGGCCGCGCCCCCCAAGACUAAGUACAUCGAACACAUCCUGGUCGCGACACACUCGGGCGAAGCCGGCGUGGGCGAGGUAUUUCGGGCCCUGCAGUACCGGCUGCGCGACUCGACAUGGACCGUCGUCUUCAAGAGCCUGAUCACCGUCCACCUCAUGAUCCGUGAAGGGUCGCCCGAUGUUACGCUGGCUUACCUCGCGAAGCACAGGAACAUGCUGGCUGUGAGCAUGUUCUCUGAUGGGCAAACCCAAGGCCGAAAUAUCCGGCACUAUUCGAAUUACCUCUCCGAGAGGGCGCGCGCGUACCGAGAAACUAAGAUAGACUGGGUGCGGGCCAAGGAGGCGCGGCUGGAGAAGCUUUCAAUCGACAAGGGCCUGCUGCGAGAAACGGAGACUGUGCAACACCAACUUACGGCCUUGUUAAAGUGCGACGUUAUGGAAACUGAACCGGAAAACGAAAUUACCGUGACCGUCUUCCGGCUGCUCGUACUAGAUCUCCUCUCCCUCUUCCAGUCUCUAAACCAGGCCAUGAUCAACGUUCUAGGCCACUUUUUUGAGAUGUCAAAAACAGAUGCCGAAAGAGCUAUGGAGAUCUACCGAACGUUUACACGACAGACCGACUUCGUGGUGCAGUACCUCAGUAUUGCGAGGCAAUAUGAACACCACACAAGAGUAGAGGUUCCUAAGUUGAAGCACGCUCCUGUGAAUCUAGGGCGCCAGCUCGAAGAGUACCUGAAGGAUCCCGACUUUGAGAUCCACAGGAGACAGUAUCUGGCCGAGCUCGAGGCCAAAAAGUCAAAGGGUGGCUCGGCUGGGAUUUCAAAGAUCUCUAGGAACGAGCCUGCUUCCAAAAGUGACACGGCGAAAGCGUUCUCGAGCAGCACGAACGGGACACCACAGCUCGAUUCUAAACCGGUUCAGACCACCAAGCGCCCAGACGCAGACCUUAUCGAUUUCUUCGAAUCUAUCGAACAAAACCAGACGCCAAUGUUUGCGCAGCCAGCCCCUCCAACGCAGGUUCAGAUGGGGAUGUCUCCUUGGGGGCCUGCUCCCUUCCAAGUACAACAACCGACCCAGUUCGCGCCCAACGGCUUUGCCCCCCAACAAACUGGGUUCCCCACGAACAGCCCUUUCCAGCAGCAGCCUGCCGGGAAUUUUGCUAUCCAACAACUACCCCCGCAGAUACCUCAGCAACAAAUGCAGCCGGCAUUCACAGGGGCUGGCUUUGGGGGCUUCUCGCCUCAGCCCAGCUUCCAACCUAGUUCUCUGGCCCCGAUACCCCAGGAUUCCGUCGCCAGCUUCCAAACUGGUGCACCCACAGGCUUCAACACUCUCCAGACACCUCAACAAACAACAAAUCCCUUCAGGCAGUCCAUGCUCAUGAGCCAGCAGACGGGCUUGAAUUUUGCAGCCGCGCCUGCGCCUGCACCCGCAGCCGUCCAGCAGCGUCCGUUGACGAGCCAGUCUACAAAUCCCUUUGCCCGCUCAUCCCCACAACCAGCCCAGCCGUUUGCCUCUCCUAAUUCAAACUCACCUUUCCAGUCUCCGUCCCCCCAACAGCCGCAGCAACCCAUAGCGGCCCCGCUCCAGUCGAUGGUAACGGGCACCAACCCGUUCGCAAAGAACUAUGCCCCGUCCCAGCCGGCGCCUGCGCAGCAACAGCAGCGCCCCGUCACCGCUGGCGGGGCGCUCUCGUCGCAGCCUACGGGCAGCACGAAUCCGUUCCGGCAGGGCGCGUUCGUCAACCACGCAACGGGGAUGGGGUGGCAGCAUAACCAGACGACGAUAGGUGGCGGCCUGGACCAGGUGGAGACGAUUCCUGUAUUCCCGAGGCCAGCGCAGCAGACGCCUUGGCAACAGUAGUUGAACGGGGUUUUGAUUUUGUUUAGAAGUUCUCGUUCCUGCUGGCUGGCCUUGUGUGUAUUGCUCGUUUUUUUUUGCAUUGCAUUGCUAGGCAUACAACAAGCCUUCUUGUUUUUUAAUGUUUUUUCUAGAAAGAAAGGGACUAAAUUUGAUUCUUGCUACUCAGUUAACUACCCC